AUGUUCAAGUUCUUCAAUUCAUGGCGCCACAGAAGAACCCUAAUCAAUUAUCUCAAGGGAUUCACUACCCCUCUAACAUCACAAUCCCUAAACCCUAACCCUCUUUUCCACCAUUUCUGCACCAACACUUCAGAUUCAACCUCUCUUGCAGUCUCCUACCUCAUCAACAAUUUUGGUUUUGACCCACAAUCUGCUUCCAAACUCUGUUCCACCUACCAUCUUCGUUUCAAGACCACCCAAAAACCUGAAUCUUUUCUCACAUUCUUUAGAAACUAUGGAUUCUCUAAUUCCCAACUACGCCAUAUGAUUGCCAAGAUGCCAGAGCUGCUUACCUGCAAACCCUCCAAAACUGUGUUGCCAAAGUUUCAAUUUUUCCUCUCCAGAGGCGCUUCUACCUCUGACAUUGUUAACAUUGUCACCAAGAGCCCUAGAGUCUUGUAUGUAAGCCUCAACAAUCAAAUAGUCCCCGCCUAUGAAUUGGUGUACAGAUUCUUGCAAUCUGACAAGGAAAUUUUGGAAAAGUUGAAUUACAGUGCAAAUUUACUUUGUGAUUGUACUGUGCAAAAUAACAUCACAAUGCUGAUUGAGAAUGGGGUGUCUGACUCAAACAUUAAAACAUUGCUGAGAGAACAGACUCGGAUAUUCAAGAGACGUGACAUGCUCAAGUCGGUGAAGGAAUUAAAGGAUUUGGGGUUUAAUCCUUCAAAAACAACUUUUGGUGUAGCAUUGCAUGCCAAAACAACUGUAAACAAUACCCUGUGGAAAGAGAAAGUUGAUGCUUUUAAGAAAUGGGGUUGGUCUGAAGAAGAUUCUCUUGAAGCAUUUAGAAAGAAACCUUAUUGUAUGUUAACAUCCAUUGAUAAAAUACAUUUAGUGAUGAACUUUUGGGUCAAUCAGUUGGGUUGGGAUGCUAUGGCCAUUGCCAAAACACCUUAUAUUUUGUCAUUAAGUUUGGAAAAAAGGAUCAUUCCGAGGGCCGCUGUUGUCCAAUUUCUUCUCAACAAAGGUUUGACAGAUAAGAAUGCAAGCUUAACUUAUCCAUUUGUGGUGACUGAUAAGUUGUUUCUUAAUAUGUUUAUAAAACGUUUUGAGAAUGAGGCUUCUUAUCUUUUAAAGUUGUAUGAGGAAAAAUGCAAUCUAGGAUAG